AAUAAUUGUGAUUUUAGAGAAAAUGAAAAAAUCCAAAAGGAAGCGCAUGGAUGCGGGGAAGCCUGGAAGAAAGCAGACCUCAUAGGAAGAGCCAGCCACAAACGAGCAGUCACCUGCCAAAAUGGGCUCCCAAGCAGCACCAUCGUCCUCUUUUCCCUCUCCCUUUUGCUGCUACACAUAUCUCAAUCCAUCUUCCUCUCCAUUGUCAUCUCUUAGACCCUUCCUACUCCCUCUCAAACAUAUCAAUUCUUUUAAGCCACAAAUUCCUUGUCUCAAUUCUGCCAAAUUCUUCAAGGCAAGGACCCGAGCUACCCUCGAUGAGAAGGAGAAGGACCCACUCCUUGUUCAAGAGCAGCAGCCAGACAAAGAAGUGGAGGCGUGUGUCAAAGUGUUGAAAAAUGCAGCAAAAACUAGAAAAGUCCCAGCUGAGGAAGUUAUGUCAGCAUUUUCUGUUAUUGAAAAGGCCGAAAUCAAUACCUCAAGGUUUCUUGAAACUCUUGGUGGACAGGAUUCCCCUGGCAGAACCUGGAUGCUCAUUUUUACUGCUGAGAAAAAAUUGAAGGGCGGCCGCUACUUUCCUCUUACAGCUGUUCAGAGGUUCGAUGCUGCUGCAAGGAGGAUUGAGAAUGGAGUAUUUCUUGGACCAGUUGGGUUCUUAACCUUUGAAGGAAGAUUUUCAUGGAAAAACAGAAUAUUGUCCUUCAUUUUUGAACGAAUUAGAGUUAAAAUUGGGCCUUUUAACCCUUUAGAGAUCAGUCUUGGCCAGGAAGAUAGAGAACCAAACACUAAGGACCCCUUCUUCAUCUGGUUUUAUGUCGAUGAGGAAAUAGCAGUUGCUCGAGGCAGAAGUGGAGGAACAGCAUUUUGGUGCCGGUGUCAUCGUGUUACUACUUGAUAUUUCUUUGAAAUCUCUGAAAAAUACACCCAAGUGUAUUCCAUGUAUGAAUUGAUGAUAUUCCAUUCCGUUCAUAAACUGUACGUAACAAGACCUAGACCUGUUCCAAAUGUAAUCUAUCUCUAAAGUCCUCGUCUCAGCUUAGUUGAUUUUCAAAAUGGCAUACUAAUUUUGUUUCAGAGUUCAAUAGCAUCCAAGCGUCUUCCUCCGUUAUACUACAGAGAAGCUUGGAGCCACCAUUUUUGUAGUUGGAACUUUCUCUGCAUUUCUUCUAGAUUUUAUCAGUUUUUUCGCUAAACAGUGCUGUUAUCCUCAAGCAUUUCUCUUUAACAUAUUACCAGUAAAUUUCCAGGCCACCGAGAUUGAUGUCAGAGAAUGAACUUCUGUUACAUAUGCUUAUUUAUCUUUUCUUUAAUUUCAUUUUCCUUGUAAAC